AUUAUAGUUGAAAGGAUAAUAAAUAAACUCUGAUGUCUCCAAAUUGUCUCCAUUCACAGGUGAAACGCACUUUAUUCAUUAAUGGGAUCGCAAAAUAUGCAGAAGAGAGUCAAAUAAAGCAGCAUUUCGAGAAAGCAUAUGAAAACUGUGUGGUUCUGGAUGCUCGCAUUUGUUACGACGUUGCCAAGCUUAUGUCCCUGGAGUCUGAAAGGAAAAAGGCAGAACGCAGCAAAAAGUUCUACACAGACCUGAUGGCCAAGGAGCACAUCCCCACUAUGAUUAACCCCAAACCCUGCGGCCACCUCUGCUGCUGCAUCAUCGCGGGCUGCGAGCAGGAAGAGGCUGUGAACUACUACACUAAGCUGGAGGCCAAACUGAAGGAAGAAUACAAAAAAGAACGAGAAAAAGUCAACACUAAACCUCUGGGAAUGGCUUUUGUUACCUUCCAGAAUGAAGCCAUGACAUCCCUCAUCCUGAAAGAUUUUAACGCAUGUCAGUGUCACGGCUGUCACUGUCGACGAGAGCCAAAGUCCUCCCCCUUCAGCAGCCUUCUCAACACAUACAACUGGACAGUCACAUAUGCUCCAGAUCCACAGAAUGUUUACUGGGAGCAUUUGUCCACUGGUGGCCUCAACUGGUGGCUCCGCUGCUUUAUCAUCAACUGCUUUCUCUUCAUCUUGCUCUUCUUCCUCACCACCCCUGCCAUCAUCAUCUCCACCAUGGACAAGUUCAACGUCACCAAACCCGUGGAGUACCUGAACAACCCUAUCAUCACUCAGUUCUUCCCCACCCUGCUGUUGUGGUGCUUCUCGGCCCUUCUCCCCACCAUCGUCUACUACUCCGCCUUCUUUGAGGCCCACUGGACACGAUCUGGAGAGAACAGAACCACCAUGCACAAAUGCUACACGUUCCUCAUCUUUAUGGUUCUGCUGCUGCCAUCUCUAGGACUGAGCAGUUUGGAUGUUUUCUUCCGCUGGCUCUUUGACAAGAAAUUCCUCGACGAGGCAAAAGUCAGAUUCGAGUGUGUCUUCCUUCCAGAUAAUGGAGCUUUCUUUGUGAACUAUGUCAUUGCGUCUGCCUUCAUUGGUAACGCCAUGGACCUGUUACGCAUUCCUUAUUUCCUUAUGUACAUGAUCCGGCUGUGUCUGGCACGUUCAGCUGCUGAGAGGCGCAACGUGAAGAAGCAUCAAGCUUAUGAGUUCCAGUUUGGAGCUGCUUACGCCUGGAUGAUGAACGUCUUUACUGUGGUCAUGACCUAUAGCAUCACCUGUCCAAUUAUUGUACCAUUUGGACUGAUGUACAUGCUACUGAAGCACCUGGUGGACAGGUAUAACAUGUAUUAUGCCUACCUGCCCUCCAAACUGGAUAAGAAAAUCCACUCUGGAGCUGUCAACCAGGUGGUGGCAGCACCCAUCCUCUGCCUUUUCUGGCUGCUCUUCUUCUCUACUGUCCGUACAGGUUUUGUUGCUCCGACAUCAAUGUUUACCUUUGUGGUUCUGAUCAUCACCAUCAUCAUUUGCCUCUCCCAUGUCGUCUUUGGUCAUUUCAGAUACCUCAGUGCGCACAAUUACAAGAUCGACAUGGACGGUGUGGACAAUGGACGACCACCAGAUUCAUCUCAUCCUGUCAAGUCUGUGCAGACGUAUGUCGCCCAAGUGCUACAGGACCCAAACACAGACGAGACGGGAAGUGGCGAGGACGAGGGGCAGGGGUCAUCGCAGGAUGAGGAGGGGGGGAACGAGGGUGAUUUCCAAUCAGGAGAGGACAGCCUUAUUGAAAACGAGGUGCACCAGUGACCCAGGCAGGGUCACGCCAUGUGCUGAACAUGGCAGGACUUUAACAUGAUCAAACGGAGAUCCACUACACCUCACUUCACUUACUGAGCGCGUGAAUCCAUCACAGCUGACAGCUAAAACACUCAUUUAUCAUUGAGGCUUGGAGACAGGAUGGCCAAUUGUCAAGAAUUUGGAAUGGCUUGUGAUUGUACUCCACCUAUUUGAAACGGCGUUUCACAAUACUUCUUUACAUUGGUUACCCUGUUUGUACGGCAUAGUGUUGUCAAAAGUACCGACCGCGAUACCAGUCAAUACUGAAAUUUUAAAAACGACCAUUUCCCGCUAACAUUUGAGCGCUAUUGAGCAGAUUCUUAAACACCGCUAAUUUGCCAUUGUGUUCAAGUGCUCAACAGAUAAGACUGUGAUUGGCUACAAUGGUCAUCGCUUCACGCUCUUCACCGAGCUCUUACACAGAUACACACGGGAGCGUUUGAAAGCUGCGUCUAUCAGAAGAUCCCUAAUAUAUCUGCACAUAGACGGAUCCUCUGAUAGACGCAGCUUUCAAACGCUCCCGUGUGCUUCUGUGUGAGCGCUUGGUGAAGAGCGUGAAGCGAUAACCAUUGUAGCCAAUCACAAUCAUAUCUGUUGAGCACUUGAACACAAUGGCCAAUCAGCGGUGUUUAAGAAUCCGCUCAGCAGCGCUCAAAUACGUUUUUAAAAUUUCAGCACCGACUGGUAUCACAGUCGGUACUUUUGACAACACUAGUAUGGCGUUUGGUAGAUACCGAGUUUCUUGCCGUUACAAGCGCAUGUCUAGUAAAUAAGACCAAAAACAGUAAUGAUUACUCCUAAUUUGCAAUUAAAAAUUUUAACUGAGCUAUGUUAUGAUUAAUUAAAACAGAUAUAGUGCUAUCUCAGGUGGGCAGGAAAAUUGUAUAUUAGGGUGGAUUUCACAUAUACGCUUACAGUCUCCAAAGCUUUUACAUAAAGUAAAUAUUAAAAGAUUUCUUCUUAGGAAAAGAGUUACGUAGAAUAAUGUUCAGUUAACAGUUUGGUGACAGUUAAAAGCAAAAAUAGAUAUAUAUGGUAACUAUGAUUUAAUCAAUCAGAAUCAAGUAUUUCAGACAGCCAUGUGAUCAUUUACAGUCAUUUGUUUUUAGAGCCCUAGCAACACCAUUUCAUGUUUACCAUCUGUAGUACAUAAAAACAGAUAGGCCCAAAACAUUUCAGUGAUGGUGAAUCACUAUCACAAUUUAUCAAAUUUAGUGAGAAAUCAUAUGUAUUAGAAAUGCUUGUGUAAUAAACACCAAUCAGCAUGAAUGAUUCGGUUUUGAUUUAGAAACCAAAUAUUGUUAUUUUCUUUGUCCCAGCUGAAAUGGCACUACAGCACGAUAUAUUUGAAGAUGAGCAAAUGAAUGCAACUUUCAUUCUUCUCUACCAAAGCCAAUGUAUUCAACAUUGAAUACCAUUACUAGUUCCUCUUGUAUUAGUAAUUGUUGGAAAAACAAAAGGAUCGAAAAACUCACUCCAGCCUGCUGAAUUAACCAACUGUGAGGAAAACAGCCACCGAACACUAAUUGUCUCACCAUAUACUUGGACUGGAAAAGCCACUUUUAGACUCAAAGGCACAUCACCAUCCCUGGAACUAUUCUCCUGUCUACCCUUACGUCUUCUGUGCAUUCAGUGUUUAAAUGUGGUAUGACGCGACUUUCUGAAUCAGGCAUCAAAUGGACCAACAUUAAAUUGUGUCGCUCUACUGUGGAAUGUUCUGUCAAUAACUGAUACUGUAGCAAAAAAUUACUUAAACGCACAGCAAAUUCCCUAUGUGGGCUUAAAGGCAGAAUUUGUGAAUGUGAAUAUAUUUGUUCUUUUUGUUAUGCAUGGGUAUGAAAUAAUGGUUUCAUCAGGUUUUGGUGAUUGUUUUUUUUGUUUUCUUUUUUAUUACCACUAACAAGUGAUGUACACAUUACCAUUUUUGAUCAUUUAACAUAUUUUACUACUCAUACUGUAAAGAGUGCAUGGAAAACAUAACCAGAAAUCCCUGAACAUCCUGAAAGUUGGGUUUAUGAUGAUAGCAAGAUCGCAUUGAGUCAUAUAUCAAUAUGUGUCUUGAUUAUGGUCGCCUUUAUUGCUAUAGUGGUGUGUUCCUUGCAAUUUGACAAGAGAAUGAGAAAUAACAGACUCUGUUCCGUGUUUCUUCUUACCUGUUGGCCAUUUACAAGCUUUUCGCUGACACUCUUCCAGUUGCGAGCUAAUUUGACUGGGUUUAUGCAUCAUUUAGUGGUUGAAGUCUGGAAAAAAAA